UGGGUGUGGAUAUCUUGCUUUUGUACUUUGAACCUGGAAAGUUAUCAACUCUUACCAGCGCAGCAGAAAUAGCUCUGUGUUGGAUUUUAUAGGCUCAUUAUGUCUGAAGAAGAGGAUUUUGCGUGGGAUGAUGAUGAUUUCGACCCUGAGGCUGGUUUCCAGAAGGAGGACCCCCAAAACCAGUGGGAGGGAGAGGACGAGGGAUUGGACAUUGAUGCUGUAAAGGCUAAACCAGAACAAGUUGCCGUCAAAACUGAAUCAUCAGAGUCCAAGAAGACCAAGGAGGAGAGGAUUGCUGAGAAGAAGGCACAGCGUCGAAUGGAAGAGUUGGCCAAAGAGAAGAAGCAGCAGAAGACGGACGAGGAUGAGCUAGCUGAGAAACUGAGGCAACGAAAGUUGCAAGAAGUCUCGGAUUUGGCUGUUGCUAUGGAUACGUUUGGUGUUGCCCCCGGGGUGCUGGAUUCUAUGGACCCAAAGUUAGAAGAAGAUUUUGAUAAGUUCCGGGAAGCACUCUGUGACAAGAUUACCGCGUACGAGACCUCUCAGUUUUACACAAAGUUUGUCGAGAAGCUAUUACUCAGAGUAUGCAAAGAAUUGGAUAUUGAGGACCUGAGGCAUCUCAGCACAACACUCAGCACCUUGGCAACAGAGAAACAAAAAGCAAAGGCCCCUAAGAUGAAGAAGAAAGGCAAAGUGUCGCUGGGAGCCAAGGCCGUGGGCAAAGCUUCAAAACGCUUUGACGAUUAUGGAGAGGACGAUCUAGGCGCAGAAUUUGAUGACUUUAUUUAAUUGUUUGUGCAGCCACUUUGAAUGAUAAUUUUAAAAAAUCCCACGAACCAUGUGUUUUGUUUUUGUCAA